AUCAGAACCUCUCCUCUUCCAAUCCUUGAAGAAGAGGAGAAAGAAAUUCUCCAUUUCAGUCAUCCACAGCAUACCCUAUUACCAAUCAACCUUCCUUCUCUCUUCAAGUGCAUGGGUUGCAAAGAAUUCGGGGCAGGCAACAGGUUCAAGUGUUUAGAAUGUGAUGAUUUUGAGCUCCAUGAGUUCUGUGCCUUGGCUCCACCAUCUCUAAACACCCACUCACUCCACACCCAACACUCUCUCGUCUUCUUCACUAAACCAGGUGGAUAUUUGAGAUCAAGCUGCGAUUUAUGCAGCAAGAGCUUGAAAGGAUACGCUUAUCGUUGUAGUACAUGUAAUUUCGGGAUGCAUCCUUGUUGUGCUCAGCUUUCCUGGGAAAUGAAGUUUCCGGUACAUGUCCAUACCCUCAAACUCUUAUCAUCAAAUAAGAUGUCAAUUACAAGUAGAGAUUCGGAUUUUGUGUGUCAUGAGUGUAAGAGGAAGAGAUCCGGGAGGGUUUACAGAUGUGGGGUUUGUGAGCAUUACCACCUCCAUGUAGUUUGUGCUAAGAACAUGGUUAAUGGCCUUUAUUCUAAUGGGGUCAAGCCCCCUGAAAAGCCUAGUAAGUUAGGGCAAGCAGUUGGCGUUGCAACUCAUGUGAUAAUAGGGUUUCUUGGAGCUCUGCUUGAGUUGAUUGGUGAAGGGGUUGGAGAAGCUUUAUUUUGA